ACACGGGGAAUCAGUGGACUCGUGGCAUGCGUUUAUCGGCUUCUCUGGAAUCGAUAAGCGGUGAAGAUGUGCCCCGUGCGUCGGGCCGGCGGAGGUCUUUUUGGCCGCUGAUUCCGCGUCACUUGGAAGCAACUAAUCUGCUGCGGCCGACGGUGACGACUGGAGGCCGGCCAUGACGAGCGGCAAGUCGUCCGAGUCUGUCCGGAAAGCGGCCCUCCAGGAGGAAGAGGAGGAGGACAGCAGCAGCGGCACGGAUGGCCCCGUGGAGCUGCCCAGUCCCCCGGACGGCGGUUACGGCUGGGUCAUCGUGUUCGCCUCUUUCGUCUGUUUCGUCAUCGUCGACGGAAUCAUCUUCUCCUUCGGAAUCUUCCUUCGGGAGUUCGCAAUCACGUUCGACGAGUCGAAGAGCUCGACCGCAUGGGUGGCGUCCAUACAGACAGGAUGCUACCUGCUUGCCGGUCCCGCGGCCGCAGGUUUGGCGAACGCCUUUGGUUGUCGCUCGGUGACCAUCGCGGGAAGCUUGCUUGCCGCAGCAGGCUUCUGCGGAGCAGUCUUUGCCCAGAAUAUUGUCCACUUGUAUAUCUCUAUCGGACUCUUCAGCGGUACUGGCUUCGGCUUGAUCUUCCUGCCGGCCGCCGUGACCAUCAGUUUCUACUUCGAAAGGAAGCGAGCAUUCGCCACGGGCAUCGCCGUCUGCGGCUCAGGCAUCGGUGGCUUCCUCAUGGCGCCGUGUUGCCAAGUGCUCGUGAACACGUUCGGCUGGAGAGGUUCCUUCCUCAUCCUUGCCGGACUCACGCUAAACUGCUGCGUUGUUGGGGCCCUCUUUAGGCCCAUAGAGGAGCCGGAGCCCGAACCGGACCCCACCCCAAUGAAGCCUCUCCUCCUGCGAAUCAAAGAAGCCAGGGAUGCCAUGACCAAGUGGGACUCCGUAGAAAGCGGCAUCGACGAGAACCUCCUAACUAGUCCGAGGCGGAAACGAAGCUGCCCGCCCCCCAGGAUUCUUCACGACGUGAUGAGCACCGAAGAGCGAAGCGCCUCUAGUUCGACCAGCGGGAGUAACAGCAGCCCGCCACCGCCUUACUUCGAAGCCGUGAGGACCACCAACCAGCAGUACGACUGCUGCCACAACAACAACCAGCUUUCGGUGGAGUACAAGCCUUACCGAAGAAUGUCUUACCCGAGGAGCAGGCGCCGACGGAUGACGGCACCGGAAAUGCGGCCUUUCUACCGGCAGGACAUCUUAUUCAGUGCCAGUCUCCUGCGCAUUCCGGAGUACAGGUCGCAGCGGGACAUUGCUUCCUAUCAUCAGAGCAUCGCCAACUUUCCUAAGCCGGGACCGGGCAAGAAAUGGGGCUGCCUGUCCCCCGAGAUGACGAAUACUUUCAGCCAGAUGCUGGACGUGUCUCUUCUGACGAGUCCUACGUUCAUGACACUGGCGAUAUCGGGGUUUCUGACGCUCGCCGGCUUCUUCAUUCCGUUCAUGUACAUCGUGGAUAAAGCCAUACUCUCUGGGAUCUCACCGGACCAGGCGGCAUUUAUUCUCUCAGCCAUCGGCAUCACGAAUACGGUCGGACGAGUGUUCUCCGGAUGGGUUUCAGACCGACCCCAAGUCAACGCCCUGUGCAUCAACAACGUGGCCUUGACUGUGGGUGGCAUCGCCACCGCACUGUGCCCCUUUUUCGAGACCUACACAAUGCUCCUGGUCUACAGUGCUGUCUUUGGAUUCUCAAUUGCCUGCUUCGCUGCUCUUCGUUCCAUCAUCGCUGUCGAGAUGUUCGGUGUCGAAAAGCUCACAAACGCGUUUGGCCUGCUGCUGCUUUUCCAGGGGGUGGCUUCGAUAAUAGGCUCACCGGUUGCAGGGUUUUUCUUCGACCUAACUGGCACAUACGACGCUUCCUUCUACAUUGCCGGCUCCGUGAUCACCCUUUCGGGGAUCAUGUGCUUCCCACUGCCGUGGAUAUCCAGGUGGGAGAGGCGGCGGAAGGAAGGUCCUCUGCCAGAGAUUAUCACGACAGGAGCCGACGACGCAGAGGGCGAAGAAGGCCAGGUCAUGGUGACUGUGACUUAAGGGCUGCCCUCUACGCUCGCUGGACCAAGCUCAAGCAAUCGUGCAUCUAGCGCGGCGAUCUUCUUGACACAAAGAGCGUACCGGACGAUGGUUAGUGUCGCGUGCGUUCUCGAGUCGACCAAGAGGAAACAUCCUGCCUGCGCGCACCCGCGCGCACCUGGCAAGCAGAACUGAGCAGUGUUGGCGGCAUGCCAACUUGCCGCGACUUGAUGACAAGGAGAUACCGCGGCAUGUGUGAAUUCUGACUAUAACGUGUCGCCGUAGAACAACAAGUUCGCUGUUGACAACUGAACAACUCUGUAGGAAGCUGUCAUCAUAAGCUGGGCACCAGGACGCCACGAAUUUUGAUAUUCUUAGCAGCCAUAGUGCAUACGUUUCUAGACAUUCCUUGCUGCCAUGGCGCACUGUCGACGAAUCACAAAUGGGCGCCGGCAGCAACGCUUCUGUUCGCUUCUGGCUGACUGGCUGUGUAGGCCGACUCUGGAAGUCACUAAUCCAGUGUCUUUAGAACCGCUUUACCUCGAACACAGGCUUUUAAUUGACACCCUCUCCCCCUUCUUAACCCCCAGAAAAAGUGGAUAUGUACCGUUCUCUGGGCCAAUUAGCGAACCACGGCAGAGGCUGAAAAACAUAACAGAGAUUCCUCAGUUCUCGUAGGACACUUCGCGCACGACUGAACCUAGUCCAGGACAGGAGGUCGUGAAGAUGGACCAGGUCACGCCCUGGCUGUUCUGGGCAUACGUCAUGACACGCACGUCUUCUUUAUCGUGGUAUUUCACCGUUUUAGUUCUGUUUCAGGGAGAUUAGUUAACUCAUCUCUUAACUUUCUACACACAACGUACAAACAUGAGUUUUUGGCUACGCCAGUGGAUGUUCAAACUCAAAGCUCUGUAAAGUCACAGUCAGUACGAACACCGCUGGUGGUGAAUGUGUACAUAAGUUGCAUGAAGAGUUUAUGCCUGUCAUUUCCCGUUUGAGAAACAAUAGUUUGCUAUGUGGAGAAUGUAGACGCUCAUGUUUCAAUUUCUGUGAUUUUUCUUUCUGUGCACGACUCUUUCCUACAGGAUUCAAGGCGUGCAGCACACGCAACACGCACAAACAUUUGCAUUUUUGAGCACUGGCUUCGUCCACAUCUCACUUAUGUCAUAUGGCUUCAAUAUUAUGACAGAUGCGAAAGGUGUCGACGUUCUUGACACAUGUUUUCUAAUUAGUUUACUUGCACUAUCUUAACCAGUGCCCCAUAAAGACCAAAAGGGUCUCUAAAAUAUGAAACUCACGUAAGAUUUCUACAUACCACAACUCCUAUGAGGAAAUGGGUUCUCUUCCAUUCAGUUUCAUUAGUGAGAAUGAAAACAUAUUUUGUUGAUAUGCAGAGUUUUAUCAAUUAUGUUAUCCUUAUUUUCCUGCAAAUAUUCGAAGUUCACAAGAAUGUGAAGCUUCACAAAAAAAGACAAUAAUAUUUCUAAAAAAAUCAAUGUCCAAAGCAUUUUUUUAAAAUACAAUUGAAUCUUUUUGUGCGUUUGGCAGUUAGGGAAAUUGAAAAAGUCUGCUGGAGAAUUCAUUUGGCGCAGGCACCCGCGAUAACCUCUUGCAUCAAACGCCUAUAGUUUUCAAGCGCACAGGAAGCCAUUUUCAUUUCACCACCAUUCUCUCAUUUUCAUUGGCUAUUUCCUAUCUGGUGGAAAAUAACAUAAAACCAACAGCACUCUAAAAGGUGUUAUCAUAUAGGCCCGGCCUAAAAAUAGGUCGAGAUGAAUAAUCAGUUUCUGGCUUUUGAUAGUUAUAGGGACACCAUAGGGACAUUUCCGGCGGUUCUGAGUUCUUUUUAGCUGCUCUUGUAUUGCGGAUGUACGCAAUAAACUCGUUGUUUUUCUUGAUGAUCCCUUCUUACCUAUACUACUACAUUUUACCUCUAGACUAAGGACCACGUAGGACACUACGAGCCGUCUAACCUAAUCCAAUACCUUUCGAGUGCCACGUGGCAUUCGAAAGGGACCUAGUGACGCCUCGGGUGCAUAGUCACGUGAUACCGUUACUCUGCUGGAUUGGCUGAGAUGGAUUGUAGGGUCUGCAGCGGUCCAUCACAAGUUUAAACGGAGUACUGUCGCGGAAAAUGUGAGCUCAAACACUCCCUUGUGGUUGCUUGGCGUUUAUGCCGGCUUUUAAAAGUGAUUUGGUUCAAACUAGUGAUGAAAUGAAAGUCUUAGAACGCUUUGAUGAAUCAAAAAGUAAAAAAGUUUGAGGAAAAAAAGAAGAGGCCGCAAUGGGUGUUUCAGCUCAUACUGUCCGCGGGGGUCGAAGUGAAAUGAACAGGAAAUAUAACUUUUGUUUCAAAGUUCGCUGCUUGAGAUCGAGUGGGUGAAAUUUCGUUUCCAAUCGAAUGUGCGCUUGAGCAUCCUGAAGUGCUAUUUGAUACAACGCGCUUGGGCCUGGUGUCACGACAUGCAAUCCAUUUACCUUUUGGAACUGUGACUGCGCAAAAUUGUUUAUUCAUCUUUAUGUUAUAAGACUCAAUGGCCAAAUUGAAUUUAAAAGAUAAAACCCAAUCGGACGCCCCAACGUUCGUUUACUUCCAAAUACCGAAGAUGAACACCUUUGGUAACAAUGCGCAAAAUGCCAUCCUUGAAGUGAACAAUGUUAUAGAAAAACGUGUGUAAAAUACAUAGUUCAGGAUCAAUUGUCCUCCAGCUGCGUCUUAAAUUAUUUGGCGGGACACAGUCUGGGAUUCUUGCAACUUUCUCAGAAACACCUGGAACAAUUCGGGUUUUGGAUCCUCGUUGGUUGCUUUUUCGGGGGUGCAUAAUAAUAUAUGCUGUAGAACUUCGAGUUGCUAUUCUUUUUUUUCGAAUGUUUGUCACUCUUAGACAUGCUCCUACAAUUUUCAUAAUCAUGAGCCGAAAAAUUUGUCACGAAUACAUGCGUGAUUUAUGAGAACCACUGUCACAAGAACUUUAUCAACCUCGUUUUGUGUUUGUAUGGCAAUCUUAAGUAUGUGUCAGCAAAUAUAGGAUCACAACAGCCUGCCCCGAGCCAAGUGACCCGCUUGUACUUCUGCCAGAUAAAUCUGUUUAAAUAAAUCUUCUCAAAUAGAAAUCUAA